GGAGGACAUGCAGGCGGAGGACCAGGGGGCGCAGGAGGAGCCGGAGGAGCCUGAGCUGAUGGAGGUAGACCACCACCACCACGACGGGGGCUCAGCUCCACCAUCGCCGGGACCACCCUUGCCUCCCAGCCCCGACGAGCCACGUUCCCCGGAGCGGGGGAACCAGCAGGACCAGCAGGACCCGCAGGAGGGCGGAUCCAGACGGCAGAGCCCGACCUCGACCACGCCUGCGGACCCCACAGAGCCCACCGAGCCCACCGAGCCCACAGAACCGGUGUCUGGAGGAGUGUCGCAGAUGGAUCCCGGAGCUUUUGCGCGACUCAUCGCGGAGGAGGCACGACGUGGUCCUGCGAUACCAGCUAUUCGGUUGCUUCGCGCUGUUGGUCGCUUCUCUGUACGGCCACAGAGCAGGCGUGGUCCGCAACAUGACAGCUGCUGAGGUACGAGAAGCCGAGGAUGGACACCGGCGCGACUCCUCCGGCUAUGUCAUUAACGUGAGACAACACAAGACGGCCAGGGCUUUCGGGAGCGCCCAGCUCUUCCUGACGCC